AACUGCUAGGGCUCGAUGACGCUACUGCAAAAUAUCUUACCGAAGCGGUCUCAUCGGCUUCUUCUCCUCCAGCGCAGUAUCAUUCAUCAGAAGAAGCUCUGUGCGUCAUCUUCCUCUGCUUUAUCCCGCUAGCUCCUACACAUGUCUAACGGAGCAGCCGAUACUUGGCUUUUGAGUAUCGAUCGGACGCAGUGUCUGCGAAGAAGGCGUUCUUCAAAAGUGCUGAAACAUAUCUUGGCACGAUCUACAACAUGUCGGACCAAUUUACAUAAGUCUAUGGCGAAAGCUCGGGAACAUCCGGUGCCAGCUAAUCACACGCAUGCGACUUUCCCAGCAAAUCGUCUGCUUCCCACCCAAAUGGAAUCUGGCGUCGCAGCAUCGCUGCAAAGCCAACAUCAUAUCGCUCGAAGCUGGGUUCUGCAGAGUCUUGUUGUCUUUGGGAUCACACUGUCUGGUGGGCUGUUUGUAGGGUCAGCAACCAAUUCAGUGACGACAAAGUCUCUACGAUGAGUUGUGCUACACGUUUCCAUUGACACGGGUCCAGGUCGAUUUCUCCUACAUAUACGGUGACCACCGGAAGAACUUGCGCAACUGUCA